ACGUAACUAAUUAGAACUUAUUUUCUGCGGAUACAGAUGUGAAUUAGGAUGUGAGCAGGCCACACGUCCAGAUCGUCCCCAAAGCAAGAUGGAGUAGUGUUUUUCUGGCGAUCUCGCACGUUUUCGGUCGUGUUUUCUAUUCCAAGACACUCCUGGACUUUUCUAGCUGGGAAUAUAACCGUGUCUGCGGGAUGCCGGAGCACGACGAGUUCGUACCGCCGCCAGAGGCUCCGGUUUUCGAGCCGAACGAAGAGGAGUUCGCCGAGCCCCUGGCUUACAUCGCGAAGAUUCGGCCUAUUGCAGAGAAGGCUGGCAUCUGUAAAAUCAGACCACCACCGGACUGGCAGCCGCCCUUUGCAGUCGAUGUGGACAAUUUCAAAUUCACGCCUAGGAUCCAACGCCUAAAUGAGCUCGAGGCAAAAACUAGAAUCAAGCUGAACUUCCUGGACCAGAUGGCGAAGUUCUGGGAACUACAGGGUUCUACCUUAAAGAUACCGACGGUGGAAAGAAAGCUGCUGGACUUGUAUGGACUCAGCAAGGUGGUGCAAGAAGAGGGAGGUUUCGAGCAAGUAUGUCGGGACAGAAAGUGGUCCAAGAUUGCUGUGAAGAUGAACUACCCUCCUGGGAAGAACGUGGGGUCCCUGCUGAAGGGCCACUACGAGCGCAUCCUGUUCCCUUACGAUGUGUUCCAGUCAGGCGCAACUCUGGCUCCUGUCAACACGGAAAAGCAGGAUGUGGAGGACAGUAAAGACAAGGACUACAAGCCGCAUGGCUUCUCCACACGCAUGGGCGGUGCAGGGCCAGGCCGCCGUGGCAAGAGGCCAAUGAGGAUGGAGACGGGGGCUCAAUGUCAAGUCCCAGUGGCCGAGAGCAGCCACGUUAAGAAGGAGGAGAAUAUUGACAUGAGUGCAAACCCUGAGCUGAAAAAGCUGCAGAUUUUUGGCCCAGGCCCUAAGAUGAUGGGGCUGGGACUCAAGGCGCUGGAGAAGAACCGACUGAAGAAGAUGAAAGAAGAGGAGGAGUCUAUGAGUGUGAAAUCGGAGCCAGCAGUGGAAGUGAAACAGGAGCCAGAGGAGAUACCUGCAGAACAGCCUCCACCUGUCGAACCAAACACUCCUGUGGAAGAAAAACCAACCAUGGAUCAGAAACCGGGUGACCAAAAACCUCCGGAGAGGCGGUCACCACGGAAACUGGACACACCUAAGAAGGAAGGUUCCCCAUCUCCGCCCAAGGAGGAGGUCCGGAGGCUGAGGGACAGGAGCGGAGCUCUGGCUGCAAACUUUGGCGUGUCUUCAGGCAUGUCCGUCCGACGUCGACAUGGGAUUGACACGUACAUCUGCCACUCAUGCGGGAAGGGAGAUGAUGAGAGCCACCUUCUGCUGUGUGAUGGCUGUGACGACGCGUUCCACACCUACUGCCUCAUUCCUCCUCUCACUGAAAUCCCAAAAGGGGACUGGAGAUGCCCCAAAUGUGUGGCUGCAGAAUGUUCGAAGCCAUCCGAUCCUUAUGGGUUUGAGCAGGCUCGUAAAGAGUACACCCUCCAGUCCUUUGGGGAGAUGGCCGACCAGUUCAAGCAGGACUACUUCAGCAUGCCUGUCCAUAUGGUUCCUUGUGAGACAGUGGAGAAGGAGUUCUGGCGGCUGGUGAACUCGAUCGAGGACGACGUGACAGUUUCGUAUGGCGCUGACCUCCACACCAUGGAGCAUGGCAGCGGCUUUCCCUGCAAGUCCAACGGGAAGGCCAUGAGCCCAGAGGACGAGGAGUAUGCUAUGGCUCCAUGGAACCUGAACAACCUUCCUGUGCUGGAUUCCUCCGUCCUGUGCCACAUCAGUGCAGACAUCUCUGGCAUGAAGAUCCCGUGGACAUACGUCGGGAUGUGCUUCUCCUGUUUCUGUUGGCACAACGAGGACCACUGGAGCUACUCUAUCAACUACCUACACUGGGGUGAGCCAAAGACAUGGUAUGGUGUGCCUGGUUCAAGUGCAGAGCAUUUUGAGUCUGUGAUGAGGCAGAAUGCACCAGAACUGUUUGUAAAUGCUCCAGACCUUCUACAUCAGCUGGUCACCAUCAUGAACCCCAUGAUUAUCAUGGAUGGAAAAGUGCCGGUGUACCGGACCAACCAGUGUGCAGGCGAGUUUGUGGUGACAUUCCCACGUGCAUACCACGCCGGCUUCAACCAAGGCUACAACUUUGCAGAAGCUGUCAACUUCUGCCCUGCUGACUGGCUCCCCAUUGGCCGACAGUGUGUUAAGCACUACAGUGACCUGAAAAGGUUUAACGUGUUUGCUCACGAGGAGCUGAUAUGCAAGAUGGCAGCGAACCCAGACGCACUGGGACUGGACAUUGCAGCUGCCACCCACAAGGAAAUGCUGCACAUGGUGGAGACAGAGAAGAAGUCCAGAAGGGCUCUCCUUGAAAGGGGCACAACGGAGGCAGAGCGUGAGGCAUUUGAGCUGCUCCCUGAUGACGAGCGUCAGUGUGACGCCUGCAUGACGACAUGUUUCCUGUCAGCCGUUACCUGCCCCUGUAGUCCCAACAAGCUGGUGUGUGUUCGACAUGCCGACCGUCUGUGCGACUGUGGGCCAGCCAGGCAUGUGCUCAGAUAUCGGUACACGUUAGACGAGCUGCCCUCAAUGUUGCACCGACUGAAACUGCGGGCAGAGUCCUACAACAUCUGGUCCAGCAAAGUCAAGGGCGCGAUGGAGGCUCCACAGCUGGACAAACUAGAGUUGACAGAGCUGAAGGAGCUCAUCACUGAGGCAGAGGAGCGGAAGUUCCCGGAGAACGAGCUGCUGCACACGCUGGAGUCUGCUGUAGCCGAGGCAGAGAAGUGUGCCAGUGUGGCGGCUCAGCUGGUCAGCAAGAAGCACCGCACUAGAAACAAGACCAACUGUGACACCAAAUAUGUGGCGAGGCUGAGUCUGGAGGAGCUGAAGUGCUUCAUGGAGCAGGUUCAGAGUCUACCCUGUAUCAUCCAGGAGGCAGAACUCAUACAGGACCUGCUGAACCGUGUGGAGUCGUUCCAGCAGGAGGCCCAGGCUGCCCUGCAGGACGAGAUGCCAAACUCAGAGAAGCUGCACCGACUGCUGGAGAUCGGAGUGGGGCUGGAUGUGGAGCUGCCGGAGAUGCCCAAACUCAAACAGGAGCUCCAGCAGGCGCGCUGGUUGGACGAGGUCAGGGAAACUCUCUGCACGCCCUCCCAGGUCACCCUGGACGCCAUGCGGAAGCUGAUUGACUCGGGGGUUGGUCUAGCCCCACAUCCAGCCGUUGAGAAAGCCAUGGCAGAACUGCAGGAGCUGCUGACUGUCAGUGAACGCUGGGAGGAGAAGGCUAGGAUAUGCCUACAAGCAAGACCACGUCAUGUCAUUGCCACCCUAGAAGCCAUCAUUAAUGAAGCUAAGACCAUCCCAGCCUACCUGCCCAACACAUUGGCACUUAAGGAGGCUCUGAGGAAAGCCAAGGAGUGGACAGCUAAGGUGGAAGCCAUCCAGGGACCGGUGACCCCCCGCCAAGGCCGGGUCGCUUCAGCUGGGGAAAAGGGCACCAGACAUGAUAACUCUGAGCAUUACCCCUACCUGGACAUCCUGGAGUCUCUAGUGAUGAAAGGCCGUCCCAUUCCGGUACGCCUGGAGCAGCUGCCGCAGGUGGAGUCGCAGGUAGCAGCUGCGCGCUCAUGGAGGGACCGCACCGCACGCACCUUCCUCAAGAAAAACUCACCGUAUACUCUUGUGGAGGUGCUGUCUCCAAGAGUGGAUAUUGGUGUCUAUACCAGUAGCAAGACAAGACGUAAGAAAAACAAGGAGGCUUGUGCUGAAAAGGAGAAGGAAAAGGAGAAUACCAACAUCUUUGACUUUAGAAUGGAGGAGGUCAGAGACCCAGCUACCAUUGUAAGUAACCUACAAAUCGUUGCCCAGUUUAAGGAGUCUGAGAGGAAGGAGGUUGAAGCAAUGCGGGAAUUACGAGCCAGGAACCUUCAGAAGCAGCGGGAAGUUUGUGAGGAGGGUGCAGAGCACAAGUUCUGCCUGUGUAGGAAGGGGGUGUCAGGUUACAUGCUCCAGUGUGAGCUGUGUAAGGACCUCUUCCACACGUCCUGCGUGCCGUUGCCCAAAGCCAUCGCCAGUAAGAACAAGAACAUGUCCCCUCUGGCAGCUGCACAGGCCACCAAGGAGUUGAAGUUCCUGUGUCCGCUGUGCAUGAGGUCACGACGACCAAGACUCGAAACGAUUCUAUCCUUGCUCGUGUCACUACAGAAACUGCCAGUCAGGCUGCCCGAGGGUGAAGCACUCCAGUGCCUGACAGAACGGGCGAUGUCGUGGCAGGACAGGGCCAGACAGGCACUAGCAACAGACGAACUAUCGGGGGCUCUGGCUAAGUUGUCUGUGCUGAGCCAGCGAGCUGUCGAGGCUGCUGCUCGGGAGAAAACAGAGAAAAUCAUCACUGCGGAACUGCAGAAGGCUGCAAACAAUCCUGAGCUGCAGGGGCACAUACAGAGCGUGCAGCAGAGUGCAUUUGCAGGGUCUUCAACAUUCACAGAGAAUGGGAGAACAUCGCCUGAUGCACUGGUCCCGUCGGUUAGCCCAGUGAACCCAGCUGCCAGCAUGCCAACCAUCCUGCAGAGUGGAGGCAGUGCUGCACAGGCACUAAGUGCUGCUGCUGCAGCCUACACAGCAGGAACCCAGCCUGGGGCCAUUAGUCAGAUGCCGGCAACAGCUUCAGAUGACAGCCAAUCAGAGCGGGAGGAAUCCAUGUCAUCAUCCUUCAACUCUGAGCAUGCCUACUCCUCAGCUUCCAAGGCUCAGCCUGGAACCCCGAGGAAACACCCACGUAAGACGGCACACGUUCCUCGGUCGGACGAGCCACCUGUGCUGGAGCUGUCGGAGCUGGCAAAGGCUCAGCUGGAGGAUCUGAUGAUGGAGGGAGACUUGCUCGAGGUGUCGCUGGACGAGACACAGCACAUCUGGCGCAUCCUGCAGGCCUGCCUGCCCAAACAGGAGGACUCCUCCAUCCUCCACUUCCAGGAGGAUGAAACUGUGACCCGAGCAACUGCUGCCAAGCCGAAACCCAAGGAGAAGAAGAAGAUCAUCAAGCGGAAGAAGGAAGAAAACAUUGAGCUGGAGAAGCCAGGAGAAGAGAUGGACAAACCCAAGAAGAAGAAGAUAAAGAUUAAGAAGGAGGUGGUGGAGAACAACAAGCCUCCUGAAGUUCCUGAGAAGAAGAAAAAGAAAGUGAUGAAGAAGAAGGAGAACAAGGACCCAAUGAAGGAGCGUGAGAUCCAGGUGAAGAAGGAACGGGAGGAGAAGAUGAUCGUGAAUGUAGAUGGAGACAGUGAUCACCAGGAGGAGGAGGAGGAUGACCAGGACUGUUCAGCAAAGCGCUGCCUGCAGCCUACAGGUGAUGAGGUGGACUGGGUUCAAUGUGACAGAUGUGAGGAGUGGUUCCACCUCGUGUGCGUUGGGUUGAAGCACCAGCCGACUGAUGACGAGGAAUACGUCUGUCGCUGCUGCAAGCUCAAACAGCAGAAGGCCGCCAAACGCGCGGAGAAGAGGAAGGACACAGAAUCAAGCUCAUCAGCCCCCAGUCCUCGGGCGAGAUCAAUCAGCUAUAGUAGGGAAAACAGCAGCACAAGUUCCACUAGCGGUAGCAUGGAUGUGACUUUGAAACAUACUGUGUCAGAAGCCACGCCUAUCACACAGGGAAUGGAAGAAACAACUGAAGAAAUGACAGAGGAAACAUUUGUCUCAAACGGAGAGGACAAGUUGGCAGAAGAGCUGGAGGAGCCUGUGGUUGUGGAGGGAGAAGAAGUCAUGGAGACUGCAGAACCAGAGGACGGGGAGCAGCCGCAGAGUUUAGUGGAACUGUUGUCCAAAGACUCUGUCGCAGCAUCAACCAAUAAAAUUCCCCUCAUGGAGGUCUCGUGACGGCACACCUAAAUUAACACCAGAAUGUAAUGUUAUAGAGUUGAGAGAUGCACCAUAGUUCAGCUGUGCUCAUGUGUAGACCUGUAAUGGCUGUAGCACACAUUUCUACCACUAGGAUGGACUGUAUAUUUUCCUUAUGCCUUUAUUUUCAACCACCAUGUGUAUGAUGGAAUAGUGCAGCCUAAGUAACAGAUGAACAUUGAUUUAAACUGCUGAAAAUUCUCUAAAAGAAAACUAAAGCAUAUCCGAUGAGCUCCUAGGGGUUUAUACAUGUAUGUGGAUGUGAGGAUGUGGAGGGUAAAUCUAUUGUACAGCAUUCUGUGUAUAUGUUCUACCUAAAGAAGCCAUGGAAUUCCUGCAAUAUUGUAUACACUGGCCCCACUGCCACCUCACCUUCACCUGUAAUGUAGACCUUUCCUAAAGUACCUUUUAAGAGAUGGGGAAGCAGACUUGUUACUUAGAUAACUACCUCCAGGAUUUUUUUCAGUAGUAACUGCUGAAAUUUACUGUGUUUUGCCUGUCCCUCUGCUCCUUAAGUUGCCAGUAUUAGGACUAGAAACACUGGGCAUUUUAAGCUUGGAAAGAUACUAGAAGCACAGGAGCUUAUUUUGGAAGCCAAAUAUACAUGUUUUGUAUGCUAGGACAAAAGUGAUUCAGGUGGAAACAAGCUGAUUCAUUCAAUGUUGUGCAUUUUUACCGUACAGCCAGUGAGAAUCUGAAAGGUAGGGUCUCGACAUGGUGCUCUUAGAUUACAAGAAGUGACUUUUUGAAUUUAAAGUAACCAGUGUUUUGAUGAAAAUUAAGCUGGGAUACUGGUAAUGAUGUUAUGCUCGCUGCUUGGUAGCAUAACAAAUCAUCCCAUACUGUCAUUCUCUACAUGUGUUUUCACUGAACUUACACAAGAUGUUACUUUUUUUUCCUUCAAAAAAUGUUCAUUUUAUGUUCAUAAUGAACAUGGCACUCUGUUCGUUAAAAACAUUGUCUUAAGUCCAUGAAGUCAUUCAAAUAGGAAACAUCAAAAUUAAGUUUUGUAGUAUCAACUGAUUAUUGCCACGAAACAUUCUGUGGCUUUGAUGUUGCUGAUGAGAAGAAAUGUAAACACUUUUGUCCAGGGUGGAGACAAAAAUGUACAGAGUAGACGUGACUUACUUGGUUUAGAUUAGAUCUUUUUUUCUGACAGCUGAUGUACAGUUUUCGAACUCUGUCCUUUGCUGCACAGACAGCAGCACAAUGUUGCUUCUCAGAAAACCCCUCGUUCCUUGAAGACGCUUCUCUGCAGUAGUCGUCUCGAUGGUUGUUGCCUGUGGCUGCCACGCUCAAGAGAGUACAGACUUUAUGUAGUGGAUACAUAGUAGUUGUAGUGGUGCAGACAACAUAGUCAUUUGUAAUGAAUGAUACCAUGUAGCAACACAAGCUGCUCCUGUUCAUGUGGUACAUGGGCAAGCUUUUGCAACCAGCAUGUUUCUCGGCCUUUCCUGACCUGCCUUGGCUAGAUUCUUGUGCAGGAGUAUGUUGGGUGUCAGGGAGGAGAUUGUAAUUAUUAAAACACUGAACAUUCA